AUGGCAAUACAACAGCGUGAAACGUAUGCAUAUAAUAUUAAUAUAACUCUCAUCUUUCGCAGUUCAGUUCAACAGCUUCGCGGGUUCACAAGAAGCAAUAACUUUGUACAAAAAACGUCCAGUAACAUUCAAAUCGUUUUGUUGAUGAUCCAACCCCAGGAAUCUACAGAUCUCCUGCACGAAGUGUUAAGAGUGGAACACGCGGCGAUCCGGCGAAUUUGCGAACUACUAUCACAAGUUCUGCCAAGAACCUGGAUUAUCGUCUUUUCCGAGACAACACCCUUAAAACUUUUCAUCAGUGUCAGAUCUUUCAUUUCCGUCACUUUUUAAGGUUCAAAUAAUCGAAUCUGAUCGCAAGAUCCGAAAAGUGAAAUUUUCAUCAUUAUCACAAGGUAGAAAAAUGGCUGAAUAUUUGAUUAGCGGUCACACAAGUUACGUACCUGAGGAUGGCCUCAGUGCAAACCAGUUGUUUGUAAGCGGUGAAGGUUUAACGUACGAUGAUUUCCUUAUUUUACCUGGCUACAUCGACUUCACAGCGGACAUCGUCGAUCUUACUUCGGCGCUCACUAGAAAGAUUACUCUCAAGACACCACUUGUUAGUUCCCCUAUGGAUACCGUGACAGAAUCGAAAAUGGCGAUUGCAAUGGCUUUACAUGGAGGAAUCGGUAAGAGAUGGCUUGUUCCAGCUAGUUUCAAAAUUCAUUAAAAGGAAGUAUAGUAUAAAAUAAUAAUUUAAAAAAAACAUUCGUAGACACAACAAUCACCAAGUGCAAUUCAAUUGCGUGGUCUUUGAAAGAAAGGAAGAACUCUAUUAUGUGUUUUACAAUCUUCAACUUUUAUUCAUUCUGAAUUGUGUUUAUCUAUGACAGAGUUCGGUCGCCGAUUAUGAGAAAAUGGGUGUUUCAAGAGACUCUGGAAAGAGAUUGUGCAUUCCACGAUUAUGUUUUCGUGACCCACGUGUGAUCAUGUUUUCGUCACUACUCUGUUGCCAAUUUCCUACCUCACUUUUAUGUCUCUCUUGAAGAUGAAGUUGUGUUUAAACAACCAUUUAACACUAUUGUAUAUUCAUAGAGUUGAGACUAGUUUAUUAUUUAGACAUCAGCCAAGUUUAUUCGACAGAUCGCGUGAUUGCUCUGCGCGGCUUAAAGUCCGGGAUGAGUUCUCCGCGCUUGUUCGACCUUUCACUCGCGAGAAUGCACGAACGCCUUUUUGGCGCUGAAAUCGAUUGUCACACAAUCCUUUCAGCGCUUCGUCUACUUAGGACACGCGUUGAACGCAAAUCAAUUAUUUGCUCCAGUGUUUGUUUGUUUUUUUGUAAUUCGUUUUUCUUCCAUCCUCUGAUUUUAUGUUUUUAUAGGAGCCCAUUAUCUAUAAUGGCUCCUGACUCUAAGUUGGAUGACGAUGAAAUGGUCAGAGAAGUAUCCGAUAGGCAUCAAUGCGAAAACUUCUUAUGAAGCCACGUACGAUUAAGUGUCACAGACGCGCCUAACGUAUCUUCAGCGAACAAACGAGCUAUGUUUUCUUUUUUCUUGAAACACAAAGAUUUACGGGGAGACAGAGGGUGUAAUCGAUUGGCGAAAUAUCGCUUUUUUUUUUAAAGCUAGCUUGCGCUUCAUGGAAAGACGCCUGCAAUGCACGCCAACUGUCAGGUUUGUUUUAUGUGGGUGUUUUAAAAUAUUAAUGAUGUUAUGGAUAAAGUAUUGAUGAUUACUGGUCGGUGCAGUGGCUAAUGUGUUAACGAAAAAAAUAAUUAGAAAUAACUUUGUAUGUCUUCUUGCUAAUCUAAUCUCUCCUUCAAGGCAUUCUUCACCAUAACUGCAGCGUUGAAUUUCAAGCCAACGAAGUACGCAAAGUGAAAAAGUUCGAACAAGGAUUUAUAAGCGAUCCCAUAGUGCUCAGCCCAAGUAACACUGUGCGUGACGUUAUGGAAAUUAAAAAGAAACAUGGCUUUUCCGGAAUACCGCUAACAGGUGAGAAAUGUAUACCUUUUCAAGGUCUUAAAGGGAGCCCGCAGGGAAUCUUUAUCCUGUACACAAAAGGCAUUUAUGCAUCCUAGGCUGAUCAGACUUAAAGACAUAAGUCACAUAGCGGAUACCCGUAAACUCUCGUUUGUUUGACUGAAAAAUAACUAUGAAAACUCGAUUAUGGUAGCGUGCUUUCGAUUGGCUAUCGUCAAAUCAGUCGAGUCACUAUUGGUUUUUUCUUUCACAUUAAUUAGUUGAAAGAUUGGCGCGAGUUUUUUAAGACCUGACAAUUGCGUCUUCAUGUCUGCAGCGAUCAUAAGUGCUACGUUUCCGUCAAACUCUCGCGUGAUGGCAUGAGUCAUUCAACCAUUUACUCUUUCGUUUGUCUGUUUGUUUGUUCCCCAGAUACUGGUCUUCUUGGUGGUGUCUUGGUUGGAAUUGUCACAUCACGUGACAUUGAUUUUCUGGCUGAGCAUGAAUAUGAUUUGAAGCUUGACAAAGUCAUGACACCACGAGAUCAGCUGAUUGUGGCCCAGUCCGGAUGCAGCCUGAAAGAGGCCAAUCAAAUCCUACAGAAAAGCAAAAAGGUCAGUGUUUUACUCUUUGCGCAUUGAGGUUGCGCAUCGCUUGAGACUGUAUCUAUUAAAAUCGAUGUGCAUAUAACCUCUCUCAAAAUUAAUCAUAGAUUAUCCAGCAGACGAGUAAUAAAAAUGGACAAAGUGAUCAGCUUAAUACUGAUUUCUCGAGUAAAGUAGAACCAAAGCAAUCCCGGAUGACUUCCGACAAUCAAUUGGAAACUGUUUUGUUUGUGUGAAGACAAAGAUCUCGUGUGAUUCUCAAUAAAAUGUAAUUUCGAUUUAGAAAUAGCAUCGUUUUGUAAAACACUUAAUGCAUUUUACCUAUCAUACAAAGUUGGCACCUCUUUAUGUCUGAAGGAAAGUUCUGGAAGCUUUUUAUUAGCCUCUUCUUAUCUUUCACGCGAACGCAAAACCCUAUUUAUAGGCAUGCAGUUGCAGCAAGACCGAAAGCUUAACCCGAUCAUAUCCUGAGCGUUGUCCGAAGACUUCAGUUAUGUCGAGCAAAUGCUGGCUACGUUAAAUGACGAGUUUAUUGAAUUGUGUCUCCUGUAGGCGAAGCUUCCCAUCGUCAAUGAUGAAGGAGAGCUAGUGUCGCUUAUGGCACAUACAGAUUUAAAGAAAAACCGCGAUUUUCCACUGGCAUCAAAAGAUGGGAAAAAACAACUGUUAGUCGGAGCUGCCGUGGGCACGCGUGAGGAAGAUAAACGUAGAAUUGAGGCUCUUGUUCAAGCUGGGGUCGAUGUUGUUGUGCUGGACUCGUCCCAAGGAAACUCUGUCUUCCAAAUUAACCUUAUAAAGUACAUCAAAGAGAACUACCCGAAUCUGCAGGUAUGUUUCAGAGCAUUUUAAGAAAAUCUAUUACGAUCAUGAACGCACUUAGAGAGUCACCGUCCUUUCUCGUCCGCUCGCCUCUCACCGGAUUUAAUCCCUGGACCUAGCCUCUCAUGUGACUUGAGUCUGUUGAUGGUUCUCCGGUCCUCCGGUUUUCCUCUCAACAGACCAACAUACCAAAAUCCAAUUCGACCUGGAGACAGUGGACAGUGGACACAUUGUAAAACGUCCAUUGCCUAAUUUCCAUUGAUUUUGCGAAUGAAAUUUUAAGUGGGUUUAGAGAUGCUCUUCUUACAAUUGGCCUCGUGGAUUUCUUGUGAUCCUCGAGUGUUUUCCUGUUUGAACUUCGUUUGAAUUCGUUGUAACUGUUACUUCCUCUCGCAGUUGGUAAUAAUUUCCCUUUGCUUUGUACUUUACUUGGUGGGAAACGCGAAGGCUAAAAUAAUAAAAACCAUCCUCUUCUCUCCUUUCUCUUGAAGGUGAUAGCCGGAAAUGUUGUGACCGCUGCUCAGGCAAAAAACCUGAUAGACGCAGGCGCGGACGCUCUUCGAGUGGGAAUGGGAAGCGGGUCAAUUUGUAUUACACAAGAGGUUAUGGCAGUCGGUCGGCCCCAGGCCACAGCUGUAUUCCGGGUGGCAGAGUAUGCGCGAAGGUUUGGGAUACCUGUGGUUGCCGAUGGUGGAAUUAGAAAUGUUGGUCACAUUUUAAAGGCGCUUUCUCUUGGAGCAUCAACUGUCAUGAUGGGUUCGCUCCUGGCGGGGACCACAGAGACACCUGGAGAGUAUUUUUUCUCGGAUGGUGUUCGACUAAAGAAGUAUAGAGGUAAAGGCCUACUAUAGCACCAAGUACUUUUUUAAAAUGAAUCGGUCGCUUCUGGAGUCAGAUCUAAUGUUAUUCGCCUUUUUCAUCAUACUUGAGUACUUUUCUACAACAAUACCAAGUUUAUCUUAACGGCUAAUCAGAGCUAAGGGGAAAUAAUAACAAGAAAAAGUGAACUACUGCCUAAGGCGCGGGAAAACGCGGGAGGCCAAGUUGGUUUUAGAACAAUUUUCAAAUGAGGAUCCAAAGUAAUCCGGGCUUGCUUUACUUGGGUCUGUGAUUGGUUCAUAAAACUCGUACCACUUUCUCGACCAAUCAGUUUCAAAAUUAAAACCACUCGCGACUUGGUCGCUCGAGUUUUCCCGCGCUUGUUUUUUCUUUGAGUUGUUAUUGGCUCCCUAUGAUAUUUUCCUUUGUCCUGAUUGGCUAAUGUGAUUACUGGUUUUAGUCUCACGACACUCAAUCGAAAAGCACUCUAGUUUCGCAUCUUAUUGAUUGAGGUCGUGCGAAAUUCUUAGACUAAUCACAAGGCAUAGAAAAGCAGAACCAAUGUAAUCUUGGAUUACUUUUUACGCCGCUCGGUUGAAAAUCACGAUUUCUUAUUCACCUUGGGAAACACUUGGCGAUAUUUUCCAUCGAUAGGGGCAAUUUAGAUUUCCAUAUUCAUUGCAGGCCUUUCCGCGUUAUUUCCGACAAUUUAAAACUGUUUCGAUGGCUUUCUCUCUUAAUUUUUCGAUUCAGAUAUGUGAGCAAACCGUACUUAAACCUUCCGUCAUAAGAUUGAGUGAUAUAUGUGGAGAUAAGCAGGAACUCAAAACAAUUUCCGUUUUACUAAUAUAAGAUUUUGAAACUAAUGAACUGUCGUGAUGUUUCGCAAUGCACUACUCGAGCAUUUCAGAAAACCCUGCAAUGAAAGUAUGUUUGAAUGAAAAUCUUGUUUAUCUUUAUUUUGUUUCACGCCUGUAUACUCUACCUGUUUAAAAAAUUGGGCAAAAAUGUUUUUUUUUUGCAAAGGAAGUAACAAAUUUGCUGCUAUCCAUUGCGUGCAGAGAACGCAUUUAUCAAUUCAGAAGGUCAUGAAGGCUAUGAACAGUUCCGCCCGCCAAAUAACCACCCGGAAAUUGAAAAGUUUGUAUUAAAUCAGGCAAUCAAAGCCACACGAGAUGAUCUUUAUCCGUGGAGAAAGACUGUUUAUCCGUUAAGUGGGUUUAAAAAAGAUGAGAAAUCUUUCCGGCUCUAUUAAUUAAAAUCUCUCUGUAUGUUUUCUUUACCUCUUGUGUUCCAUAAAUAUAAAACUCGUUGAUCUAUUUUAAAUGGUACGCCAAUUGCGCAAUAAAGGACAGUUGCAGUAGGUGUAAGCGACAGCAGACACCUUUUUCGCCGCGAGGAAUUUAAUAAACCGACAAUUUUUCAAUUCCGACAUAGGCCUGCCUUCAAUUUGAUUAAUGUUUUAAGGUUGGUGUGCGGUCUUUCCAAGCGCCUUCUAAUUCCUUCAAACCUCAAAGAAGCUUUGGUUGAUUGAUAGAUAAUUUUACUUCUACUCAAUUGCUCUAAGGUAUUAAUGGCAUCUGCGAAUAGAAUCUGCUGAUCUCUCGACUUAGAGUUUGAAUCAUGUCCUGACGAAAAAGGUUUCCAUCCGGCCUUAACCGUUUCAUUAUAUACACAUUAAUUGAUGAUACUGUUUUAUUCUUAGUCUCGGUGGUAAUAUCUUUAAUUUCCUGCGGGUAAAGGAAUUAUAGCCUCUUAUUCCUAUAUUUAGAAAUAAAUUGGUAUAUGAUGAAUCAUUAAACUUAACAUAUAUGUCAGAAACGCGUUGAGAAGCUUAGUGCACUCUCGGUGGUGCAUUUGCUUAUAACCGUUUCGAUUUUUCUCGGUCUCUAUAAGCUCUCACUCAACAACUCAUUGUCUUCAAUUAAGACACAUAGAGCUAUCAUUAAUGUACACUGAUUAUGCCAAAGGUUCGGUGUGCCUGUCUCACAAAUGCUUACCACAGAUGGAAACAUGAAGUCUUGUUCGCGUUGUUCCCUCCACUGUCGUGGGUGAUCUCGUUCUCUGUGGCGAGAACUUUCAAGGAGUAAUGAUUUUACCCUGGAUGGGAAGUCGAUUCCAUCAGAGGUAAACCCUUGCAUUUCGUCACGUCAAGUUCGAGCGCGCUAACCACAAGCAGCCUUGUAUCGCAUGUUUGAGUCUGAUGAUAAAAACGAAUGCGUUAUGAGAUUCACACUUAUUUCAGUGGUUAUAGAGUGAGAACUGAGAUGGUGGAUAUUUGAGCUCAAAUACAGAGUGGUGUUACAUUGAUCUCUCACCAACAUGGAACAAUGAAAAAAACUGUGGGGUCCCUGUAAUGAUCCGAAUCUCGGUCUUCCGAUUGCCGGCCGAUUGUCUUCCGAUCCGAAUUGAUGUUUCAUGACGCACAAAACUCGGUCUUAUUUUUAAACUUACGUAUAAACUGAUAAACGAAUGAAGUCCAACCGACGGCUAAUCCAGCUCGUAUGCUUCUUUUUUCGAUAGGUAUGGGCUCACUGGACGCAUUGGAGCAUGGAUCAAGCCAAAGUCGUUACUUUGUAGAAAGCGACAGACUGAAAGUGGCGCAAGGGGUGUCUGGAACGGUGCCAGACAAGGGAAGUGUCCACCGCUUUGUUCCAUAUCUCUACGCGGGUAUUCAACAUGGUUGCCAAGACAUGGGUACCAGGAGCCUCUCUGCCACUCGAUCCAUGAUGUAUAGCGGUCGACUUAAGUUUGAAAAAAGGACUCCGUCGGCGCAAAAGGAAGGAGGCGUCCACGGCUUGCAUUCAUAUGAAAAAAGGUUAUAUUGAUGGUCAGUGAAUCUUGUGAAUAUACCGCGUGACAUUGCUGGAACCUUGCGUGACAAGUGCUUGCGACGUAACUUUAGUGUACGAACGGUCCUCUUCAAAAGUCCUCUAUUGUGGUGACACAUAUUACAAUUGUGUAAUGCUUAAGCACCUUUCCUUGGUUUCGAAAGUUACCCUAUCGAGGGCUUGUCACGGCGCUCUGCGAGAAAUGAGGACUCACCUAAAGAGUUCCUUACCAGUUUGAUAAUUGUGUGACAUGUAUUGCAUUUGUGUGACGCUUAGUACCUUUGAAAACCUUAGCUGAAGAGUUCCCCAUCAGUUUACUGUUGUGUAACAUGCAUUGAAGUUGGUUUACUUUAGGGAACAGAACUGUUGUAUGACAU